GUGAUUAUAGUAAUGAAUAAAAUAAUUUUAUAUCAUCAUGCACUUUAUAAAGUAAUGUUAAGAGCUCGUUUGAUAGCACGAAAAUCGGCUGAUUUGGUUGAUUCAGCUGAAAUUUAUAAAGUUCUGGCUGAAAUGGCUGCAUUGGCUGAUUUAAGAAAAAACUACUUUUAAAAUAUAUUUUAUUAAUAAUAUAAAGAAAAAAUUAUAUGUAAAAAUAGCUAAAAUGAUCAUCUACAAUAACUUCAGUCAAUACUGCCAGAAAAGUAACUUCAACCUUACUUUUUCUGCUUAUUACACAACUCAGCGCGCGAAAGCAAAAGUUAUGUGUUUGGUAAAAAAAUUAACUGAUAAGCUUGAUAAAUCGAAAAACAGUGAUUCCAAAGGGCCUUUAAAUGUUUUUGAAUUUUUGAAGCUAAAUGCUUAGUAUCACUAGUAGAACAAUCCUUAUUUGUUGUGAUUGUUUUGGUUUAUUUGAGGCGCACGAUGUUUACGAGCAGCAAAUGGAACAAUAAAAAUAGCAAAUAUCAUUCGUUGUUAUUGUCCAUUAGACCAUUCAUUACUGCAUAAAAACAAUCUUUAUACAGACAAGAUGUUUACUCUGGUUAUAGAACAGUCGCAUAAAAAAAGAAUGUAUUUAUUUGAAACAAAAAACUUUCAAAAGAAUAAAAACAAAAAAACAAAAAAAAAAACUCCGAUCCCCCAUAUACAAAUUAUACCGUGGGAUUGUAAGGUGUUAGAGACCAUUUCUUAAUUUAUUUUUGGAAACACGUUUCUUAAUUUAUUUUAGGAAACGCAUCGUAGUUGCCUUGGGUUAGGAUUUACUUCUCUAUAAAUACAAGCUCUCUCCCUUGUAAUCAUUGUGUGUGGAUCCGAAAAUAGCAAUAAUAUUCCUGGCUUGGUAGCGCAGCGCCCCCAGACGUAGUCAUUCGUGGCGAACUGGGUUACCAAAUUUUCGUGUGUUCUUCUUAUUAUUCAUCGCGUGCGUGAGUUUAAUUCCUAACAAUUGGUAUCAGAGCCCUGAGUUCGAAGGAAGAUCUCACGAUGGCAGACAAUUCGAAGACACCGGUGAUGCAGUUUGACGGAACGGAUUACGGAUUCUGGAAGUUGCAGAUCGAAGAUUACCUGUACGGUUGAGAUCUGUAUCAACCUCUGGAUGAUAAGCUCGAAGACAUGAAGGAGGGCGAUUGGAAGUUGCUGGACAGAAAAGCGAUGAGCGUGGUGCGAUUAUCACUGUCCAGAAACAUCGCCCUACACACCGUCAAAGCAAAAACGACGAAGGAGAUGUUGCAAAUUUUGUCGGAUAUGUACGAGAUACCUUCCACUGUGAACAAAGUUCAUCUGAUGAGUCGUCAUUUUAACCUGAAGAUGUCAGAAGGUACGGGAGUGGUAGAUCAUCUCAGCGAGUUCAAUGUGAUCACCACACAGUUGAGCGCGGUUAAGAUAAAAUUCGACGACGAAAUUCAUGCCAUUAUUCUGCUGUCUUCUCUCCUAGAAAGCUGGAACGGAACGGUGACUGCAGUCAGUGUUUUGGCAGGGAAAGAGAAACUGAAAUUCGAUGAAGUAAGAAAUCUGAUGGUCAGCGAAGAAAUCCGCAGGAAGGAAUCAGGCGUGGCUUCUGGAUUGGCAUUGAGUACAGAGAACCGGGGCAGAACGAAGUCGAAGUCCAAGUCAAAUCGGGAUAGAUCAAGAUCCAAAUCCAAGUCAAAUACCAAGGGCAAGAAGGACAGAAGUCAGAUCAAGUGCUGGAACUGCGAGGAGUACGGACACUUCAAGAGCCCGUGCAAGGAGCAGAUCAAGGAUCAGAAGGAGAAGACAUAUGCCAAUGCAGCGGCAGAAUCAUCUGGCGAUGAUCUCCUGAUCCUGAGCGUGAGCAGUCCGUUGGAGUCAUGGGUUUUGAAUUCUGGAGCCUCGUUCCAUUCAUGUGGUAAUUCUGAAGUGAUGGAACAGUGUACUUCCGACAAUUUUGGAGAGGUGUAUAUUGCUGAUGAAGAGCCUCUUAAAAUUGUCGGGAAGGGGACAGUCCACGUGAAGACUCCGAACGGAUGCAUGCUGAAACUGAAUGGCGUCCGACACAUUCCUGGUUUGAGGAGGAAUCUUCUUUCAAUUGGGCAGCUGGAUGAGGAAAGUUAUGCAGUUACAUUCGGCAGCAAAAAUUGGAAGAUCACCAAGGGAGCCUUGUUGGUUGCUAAGAGGAAGAAGGAGGGUACGUUGUACAUGACAACGAACUCGAAGGACUGCAUCGAUGUUGCUGCCGAUGCAACAAACGAUGUAAAUUUGUGGCACUAUCGACUCGGUCACAUGAGCGAAAAGGGGAUGAAGGAGCUGUGCUCGAAGGGCAAACUGCCCGGCCUGAAGACUGUUGAGGUUGGCUCAUGCGAGGGCUGCAUAUUCGGGAAACAUAAACGUGUCAGUUUCUCAAAGGGAAGGCAAACCGGAGAAGCUGGAACUAGUUCACACCGACCUUUGGGGACCUGCAGAAGUUACAUCCUUGGGAGGAUCCGCCUACUACAUGACCUUCAUUGAUGACGCCACAAGAAAGGUAUGAUUUUAUUUUCUCAAAAAUAAAUCUGAUGCAUUUGAUGCUUUCAAGAGGUGGAAAACUCGUGCUGAGACAGAGACAAGUCUGAAGCGAAGCUCCUGUUCCAAGCCUACGCACGGGUUCUCAACGCAGUCCGUGAUACGAAGCUCAUCAUGGUGCCCUCUCCACCCGCGAACGUCGUCUGUCUGCCAAACAUUCCCAGCAACAUCUUGCGGGUCAGGUAUCGUCUGCGCGAGCCCCACCUGGCGAGGUGGACGCAAUGUCACGGCCUUGAAACUUGGUUGCACGAGCCCGUCGUGGCGAGACGGCCGUACGGUCGUCACCUGGAUGCGUGGCCGUGCAAACCCAAACCAGCGAUGUGAACAUUCGGUCAUCACCAAGCGGCUUGGCCGUACGAUCCCGAUCCGACAAGGUGGCAAAAAGGUACAUGCAUGGAGACUCGAUUAAACAAACUCAAGCCAGCGAGGUGAAUGUAAUGUCUCAACCCGAAUUUUCGGCAUCAGGGAAAAAUCAAGGAGCCUCUGAAAAUCUUACGACACAUGAAAAGGUCACCACCUCAUCGCGGUUGGACAGACCUGCUACGCGGAUCAUGAUCGUUAAAGGACAUCUCCGGCCUGCUCCAAAGGGGCCACAUGACAAGCCCAUGCUAUCCUCCAACAACGCUACCCCUGUAGUGGAUGUUGCCUCUCAGUCGGAUAGCUCAUCCAAGUCAGAUGGCGAAUCUGAUAGCGUCGAAGAUCCUAACGCUUGGAGGGAACGUUUGCAUUCCACCAGUACGGAAGUAGAUCUGAAGUUGGCGGAAAGUUUGGUCGGUAGCGAUUGCACCCUCGUGUUCCCAGAUCGCGAGAGUAGCCUCACUAGCCCCCCUCCGAAAUUGUUCUUUGGGGUUCACAUUACGUCCAUCGUGCAGGGCAUGCGGGUGCCUUUGUGUCCAUUCUUGGUGGCACUUCUUGCCCAUAUUGGGAUAUCGCCGUGGCAGAUGACCCCAACCACACAUAUGUUUACGGCUUCUUUUGUCGCUCGCUGUAAUGGGGUUGGUAUCCGGCCAUCCAUACCGUUGUUCUGUGCAUGCUUUAGGUGGAACCGCCCUAAUAAUAAGACAGAUGACGGUGGGUUCGUGUCACUUUGCCAAUCACCGCACCAUAAGAUCGUUGAUUAGUAUCCAGAGUCACCUAGGAAGUGGUCGAAUAAAUGGGUAUGGGCGUCCGCUCCCCGCUCGCUCCCCGUCACAUCCACCUGGGGUAUUUCAAUGCGCGAGUAUAAGCCUAUAUCUCUCACCCCCGACCUUGAGGAGAAGGUCGAGACCUUGCUCCAAGGGGGGCCUUUCCCGAUUAACUCGUAUAUAGGUAAAUCUUCUGUCCCAACAGGUCACAGAUACCAUAUAAAAUCAUCCCUUAAUUUGCUAAUAGUCUCAGAUGUGGCAGGAAACAGAGACGAAGCCGCCGCCCCCAAGGUGUCAUCGGGGACCAUGCUCCCACCUUCUGCGCCUGGUGCAGAUUCAUGUUCGCUCGAUCCCGGGGAUAAGCGCGGGGCCACCCCGUUCCGUGAAGAGCAGGUUGCCAUGGACGGAAAAGGUGCGAACUUCCUUUUAAUUCAACAGGAGAAAAACCCGGUUGAAAUGACUUCACCACCCUCUUGUUUAUUUUCUUGCAGGUAUGUUAAGCAGGCCUAACAUGCCCCCUCCCUUAGUUGCGGUGCAGGGUGUCGCCCCCAGUCCGUGAUACCCGGUGCAAGUAAGGGCGUGUCUGACGCCACCGUGCCCGAGGUAGACGUCGGGGUGAAGAGCGGGGUUUCCCCACGUCACGGAGAACAAGUUGGCAAGAAGAAGAAAGGUGUGAAUCCUCCUCUUUGAUUCGGGAGCGGAGAAAUAGUUCAACCGGUACUAGUCCAUUUUACUCUGUUUAUUUUCUUGCAGAGGUUGCAGGUAUGCGGGGCAGGCUCGCCGCUCUAGCCGCAGAGGAGGACGCCAAGUUCCGGCCUUCAAAGACCGAGGUCAUUCCCUUCAUCGCGGGGAAACAAAGCGGGGCCCCUCCCGUCAACCAUUUAGCUCCCACCCUUAGUGUUCCAACGAUUUUGGGUGUAACGUGGGAAGGAAGCACAGUCCCCGAGGCCAUUCCGCUCAUCGCGGGGAAACAAUGCAAGGCUCCUCUUGUUAACCAUCCAGCUCCUACCCUCAGUGUUUCAUCGAUUUUGGAUAUGGCGCGCUCUAUCAAAUCUCACAACGCGGGGCUGAUGGACAUAGCCACCGCGCUUCAAGCAAUAGGUUGCCAUCGCGAGGAGCUCCAGCACCAGGUUGACGAGGCUCACCGUCACUCUGUUGCCGUUCAACGUCGGGCGGACGAAGCAGCAGCUGCUCUGUCCGACCUCCAGUCAAAAUAUGACUUGCUACAAUCAAAGUAUGAUCGACUGGAGGCGUCGUUCACGGAUGCGGGGCGUCAGGCAGUUGCGGCAUUCCAAACUUCCCCGGAAUUUUCAGAGAUCAUCACUUCGAGGCUGGAGGCUCAUCGCUCGGAGCAAGUCCAAGCAUGGUUGAAAACUGAGGAGGGUCAGCUUUGGCGGGAUAAGGAAAUUCUCAUGUCCUUCAGGUGUGGCCGAUACGACAUGCAGACCACGUUAUACGAUAGACUGGCAUAGUUUUAUCCAGACUUCGAUCCCGAGAAAUUUGGUUUGCUCAAAAUCAUGCCAGAUCCUGAUAGGGCCGACGAGUAAGCGAAUGAUUUGUCCCUUUUGCACUUGGAUAUUCCAGAUGACCUGGAGGGCUCAACACACGCCUUUAAUUUUGUGACCGUCCUAGAUAGUGUUCCCGAUAACCUGCUUGAUCCCUAGAUCGUAGAUUGUGACUCCUUCUCCUUGUUGUUCUUCAUUUGUUUGCUUAUUUAUUUACAUUCCGCACUUCCGUUUGGAUUCACAAAUAUUUAGCCCGAUUU